AUGUAUUUUCAGAUAAACGUACGGGUCACUACAAUGGAUGCUGAGCUGGAGUUUGCCAUUCAGCCCAGUACAACUGGUAAACAACUUUUUGACCAAGUUGUGAAAACGAUUGGACUCCGAGAGAUCUGGUACUUUGGACUGCAGUAUCAGGACAGCAAGGGCUUCUCUACAUGGCUGAAACUCAAUAAGCGGGUGACUGCUCAGGAUGUCAGAAAGGAAAACCCACUGCUGAUUAAAUUCCGAGCAAAGUUCUACCCUGAGGACGUGGCUGAAGAGCUGAUCCAGGAAGCUACGCAGCGUCUUUUCUUCCUCCAGGUGAAAGAGGGGAUCUUGAACGAUGAUAUCUACUGUCCACCUGAGACGGCCGUUCUCCUGGCCUCAUAUGCUGUGCAGAUGAAAUACGGUGACUACAACAACGAAUAUCACGUGCCUGGAUAUUUGUGCAGAGACAAACUGCUGCCACAAAGAGUUCUAGAACAACACAAACUGACUAAAGAGCAGUGGGAAGAACGAAUCCAGGUGUGGCAUGAGCAACACAAAGGCAUGCUCAGAGAGGACGCUAUGAUAGAAUACUUGAAGAUUUCCCAGGAUCUGGAGAUGUAUGGAGUGAACUAUUUCAGCAUCAAAAACAAAAAAGGGUCGGAGUUGUGGUUGGGUGUUGAUGCUUUGGGACUCAACAUAUAUGAACGUUCAGACAAGCUGACACCUAAGAUCGGAUUCCCUUGGAGUGAGAUACGGAAUAUUUCUUUCAAUGACAAGAAAUUUGUCAUUAAGCCAAUAGACAAAAAGUCACCGGACUUUGUGUUCUAUGCACCUCGUCUGCGCAUUAACAAGCGUAUCCUGGCUCUGUGCAUGGGAAACCAUGAUCUUUACAUGCGACGCCGCAAGCCAGACACCAUUGAGGUGCAGCAGAUGAAAGCGCAGGCCAAAGAGGAGAAGAACAAGAGACAACAAGAGAGAGCACUUCUGGAAAAUGAGAAAAAAAGAAGAGAAAAUGCAGAGAAAGAAACUGAGAAGAUUGCAAGGGAGACGAUGGAGCUCAUGGAAAGGCUUCGACAAAUUGAAGAGCAGACCAAAAAAGCUCAAGAGGAACUUGAAGAGCAGACCAAGCGGGCGUUGGAGCUGGAGCGGGAGAGGAAAUUUGCACAGGAAGAAGCUGAGCGACUGGAGAAAGACCGCAGGAUUGCAGAAGAAGUCAAGUCAGCCUUACUGCAGCAAUCUGAGAACCAGAUGAAGAACCAGGAAAAUCUGGCAACAGAGUUGGCCGAGCUGACAUCCAAGAUCAAUCUUUUGGAAGAUGCCAAAAAGAAGAAAGAGGAUGAAGCCAGGAAAUGGCAGAGAAGGGCGAUUAUGGUUGAGGUAGACCUGGAGAAGACAAAAGAGGAGUUGAAGAGUAAGCUAAUUGGGGUCCACAUCCAGGCAAUGUCCCAGACGGAGAAUGACCAUGAUGAAAAUGAUGAGAGCAGUGCCGAGGCCAGCGCUGAGCUCACAUCCACUGGAACAUAUCAAGACCGCAGUGAAGAGCAGCGCAUAACAGAAACGGAAAAGAAUGAACGUCUGCAGAAGCGCCUACAGGCUCUGAGCUCUGAGCUGGCAGAUACUCGUGAUGAAAGCAAGAAAACUGCUAAUGAUCUGAUCCACGCUGAGAACGUUAGGUUAGGGAGGGACAAAUACAAGACCUUACGGCAAAUCCGACAAGGAAACACCAAACAGCGCAUUGAUGAAUUUGAGUCCAUGUGA